AUGCAGCAAGGAGAGCUUGGGUUUGACAAUGGCAGCAAGAAAGGGUUGGGUGUGGUGGCUGGGGUGAGUUUCGGUUUUUCUGGUUGCAAGAAGAUGAAAUUUGGGUUGAUGGUGGUGGUGCGUGGGUUUGGAGGUGUUGAGGUUUUGUUUCUAGAUUUUUGGUGUGGUUAUGGGUUUUCAAUGGUGGAGAGGGAAGAUAUGAGGAAGGAUUUAGAGAAGAUUCCUAAGUCCAUCAUUGUUGAGUUUGAUGCUAAGGCUACGAAGGUUAUCACACAUUUCCACAGUAAUUCUCCUAGAUCUAUACAAGUUUCUUAUGGUCUUAAAGGUUCCAACAAUUUGAAAGCAAAAAUUUUAAUUCAAGAGUUGCACCAAUUCCAAAUGGCAUUGUUGAACAACAAGAACGCGCUGCCUGAUCUUUCUCGUCUUGAACCUUUUGAUGGCACUAAUUUCAAACGGUGGUCACAGAAGCUGCUCAUUUUCUUCGAACAACUUGAGAUCGAUUAUGUGUUGUUUGAAGAUCCUCCACAAGUUCCUAUUGGUGAUGAUGUCGAUCCCGAAGCAGUGACUAAUGCUACCAAGAAGCUGGAGCUCUAUGAAAAAUACAAUAAACUGGUAUGUGGUUCCCGGGAAGGAGGAGAGGAGUGUUCCAUCUGUCAGAGUUGUUCUCCCAAUAUUAUUAAGAUUCGACGGGUGAAGGUUCGUUGGGUUGUCGCGAAAUUUCUGAGGACGGUCCAGUUGGCUCGUUAUAGCUAUCGAGGAGCUCAAUUCACAUCACAUUUUUGGAGGUCUUUUCAAACUGCUUUGGGAACUCGAUUAAAAAUGAGUACCGCUUUUCAUCCUCAAACUGAUGGUCAGUCCGAGAGGACUAUUCAGAUCUUAGAGGAUAUGCUUCGUGCUUGUGUGUUAGACCUGAGAGGGAGCUGGGAUCAGUAUUUGUCUUUGAUGGAAUUCGCAUAUAAUAAUAGCUAUCGGUCUAGCAUUCAGAUGGCACCAUUUGAAGCCUUGUAUGGUAGGAGAUGCAGGUCACCUAUAGGUUGGUUCGAGGUCGGAGAAGCUAAACUUGUAGGCCCAGAACUUAUUCAAGACGCAAUAGAGAAGAUUAAGUUGGUUCGAGACUGCUCGGUUACAGCUCAAAGUAGGCAGAAGUCUUACGUUGAUAGAAGGCGACGCCCUUUGGAGUUUGCAGUUGCUGACCAUGUCUUUUUACGUGUUUCUCCAAUGAAAGGAGUUCUACGGUUUGGUAAAAAGGGAAAACUGAGUCCAAGGUCCAUUGGACCGUUUGAGGUGUUAGAGAGGGUUGGCUCUGUAUCUUAUCGUUUGGCACUUCCGCCAGAUCUUUCUGCAGUUCAUCCGGUGUUUCAUGUUUCUAUGCUGCGGAAAUACUUAUAUGAUCCUUCUCACGUUAUCCGUCAUGAGGAUGUACAGCUAGAUGAUCACUUAUCCUACACAGAGCAUCCGGUAGCUAUAGUCGAUAGACAAGUGAAGUGUCUACGUUCUAAAGAUGUUGGUUCAGUAAAAGUUCUUUGGAGAGGACCAUCGGGUGAAGAGGCGACGUGGGAGUCCGAGGAUAUCAUGCGUGAAAAGUAUCCCCACUUGUUCGAAUCUCAAGAUUCGACGGGUGAAGGUUCGUUGGGUUGUCGCGAAAUUUCUGAGGACGGUCCAGUUGGCUCGUUAUAGCUAUUCACAGGCAACUAAGUAGUAAGCCGGUAUCAGAUUCAGAUCGUACAAUUUAUCUUAUUGGUAGGCCUCCUUUGGUUGGUGGCUCGAUUCGUGUCUUUCAUUUGAUUCUAGUUAUCUGCAGCUAUAGGGAGUCUUAGAAGGAUUUGGAUUUAAGAUUGUUAUUUAUUGUUUUAUUGUAAAAGUUGCACUUGAGUGCAAAAAUUGAAAAUUUCCUUUUAAAGAAAGUAUGAAAAUGGAGAUCAUUAUUUGACAA